UUUCACUAGCAUUUUGCUAUAUUUCCCUCUCGGAGGGCAGUUGCCAACGUUAAAAAAGGGAGUCCACCACCGGUCUCUGCCACUGCCACCAACCACUCAACAAACUAUACCUUCAGAUCUGCGCGCGACUCCGGUGAUGGAUUCCGGCGCCGACGAGGUAGUGUUCGACUGCGAUGACUACCGCAUAUACCGGAGCGGCAAGAUGGACCGCCUCUGUCGCCCGGCGCGUGCGCCCACCGGCCUCGACCCGAUUACCGGCGUCACGUCCAAAGACGUGGUCCUUGGCUCCGACACCGGCAUGUGCGUACGCCUCUUCCUCCCCACCAGCCCAGAUCACUUCGAAAAGAAGCUCCCGAUAAUCGUCUUCUUCCAUGGCGGCGGCUUCCUCGUCGAGUCGGCCGUCUCUCAACAGUACCACAACUACGUCGCGUCCCUCGCUGCCGCGGCCGGCGUCGUCGCCGUCUCCGUCGAGUACCGCCUCGCGCCCGAGCAUCCGGUGCCCGCCGCCUACGACGACGCCUGGGAGGCGCUACAGUGGACCGCCUCGGCCCAGGAUGAGUGGCUCGCCGAGCACGGCGACAGCGCGCGCCUUUUCCUGGCCGGCGACAGCGCCGGCGGCAACAUAGUGCACAACGUUCUCAUCAGAGCGUCGUUCCAGCCGGCGCCGAGAAUAGAAGGCGCGAUUCUUCUGCAUCCUUGGUUCGGAGGGAACACGGUCGUCGAAGGUGAGGUCGAGGCGACGGCCAAGGACAUGGCCAUGAUCUGGGAGUUCGCGUGCCCCGGCGCGGUGCGCGGCGCGGACGACCCGAGGAUGAACCCGAUGGUGCCGGACGCCCCGGGGCUGGAGAACCUCCGUUGCGAGCGGAUGCUCGUGUGCGCCGGCGAGAAGGACUGGCUGGCGGCCAGGGACCGAGCGUACUACGCGGCGGUGACCACGAGCGGGCGGCGCGGGGGCGUGGCGUGGUUCGAGUCGGAAGGCGAAGGGCACGUCUUCUUCCUCCAGAAGCCGGACUGUGCCAAGGCCAAGGAGCUCUUGGCUCGCGUCGUGGCGUUCAUCGCCGGCGCCUGAGCCCUGAUCGGUGCACGCAUGCCGGCAAGUAAUAAUCGAACUGCAAGACUGGUUUGCAUUCACAAUGUAGAUCUAAUGUUACAAUCCGAUGUACUGGUACAUGUAACGCGCUUGAUGAAGGACACAACGGCGGCCAUUUCCUUGGCCGCCUUCUCCGCCA